AUGGCCCAAUCUAGCACGAAUGGCGCUCGAUAUCUACUGCUGCCCUACAAUAAGCUCGGCGACCAGAUCCGCUUCCUAUUUGUCGGCCCUCAUCAACUAUCGAUACAACUCCACCUCGACCUCCUCCCCAAACAAACCCAGCAGUGGCUCACCACCAAAGAAAUCCGCUACGACCCAACCGGCCUCAACUUCCCCUGCUACCCCCUACCAGACCAAGACCCCGGCACCGUCAACCUUUACCGUCUCUGGCUCUACACCGGCAAACUCUUCUCCAUCACACCCGAUGACGUGGACGUCGAGGAUGACGGCGAAGUGGAGGCUCACGAGGAUGCCGAGUGGCAUAAGCUCGUGCUCAUGUACCUCCUUGGCGUCGAGGCGCGGGAUGAGAAGUUCGCGAAUAUAGUGGUCAAUGCUCUGGUUGAGAAAACAUAUGGCGAUAAGUUGCGGAAGCUCUAUGUCGAUCUACAUGUUUGGGUUGGUCAAGGCAUCGGCAUCAGGAACCCACACGAAGAUGCUGCUGGACCGUGGGAGUUCCUCGACGAUGUGAGGAGUUCGAAAUUCGUCGCUGGUCGGAAGAUCUAUGAUCCUGAGCAAAACGCGCCGUAUGAGGACAGAUUGUGUGAGCUGUAUCACAAGCAUGAUCUCACUGCAAUGUGCGGGCUCGAGGGUAUGGAGGUUUUGGAUCUUACUGCUGAGGAUGGGUGA